UACACUUCCUUACCGGCAGACAAACGGACGCACCUGAGCCUGCAUGCUUGGGACACUGGAAAAAAAAAUAAAAAACAACUGUCAAAGUUUUGCCGCCAGAACUUGAAUUUGAAUUUCGAAUCAGUGUAUCAUCCUCAAACAGUUCGCUCUCUUUCCUCUUGGCAAGAAGACAUCAGAGCAAACUCUUCGCCUCAGUUACUGGAAGACGUUGGUGAACUUCAAAAAUGUUCAGUGCAAGAAUGAGUCCAAGAUUGGUGGUAGUGUACCUCUGCAUAGCGUCAGUGUUUAGUGCUCCAAUGCAGCUGCCGUUCCUGCCGAUGCAGUAUGAGAUGAAUCCUCAACUGCCAUUCUUGAGGCAGAUGACUCCGAAUUUGCAGUCACCCUCACUGCUCCCACAACAGCAGCCAUUAGUAAUAGUCCUACCUAACGCAGCACCCGGUGUAGAAACUGACGACAGAUACGUGAACUUAAACGAACAAUUGAACGCCAACCUUAAAAGUGCAGGACACAUAGAUGAGAACAAAGAUGCUGUGGUCAUUGACGCUAAUGACCCUAAAGCACCAGAAAUGCAGACCAAGAACGCCGUAGUCUACCUUCCUAAUGAAGGCAGAUACUCCAUAGGACAAAUCAUCUCAUACAUCCCAUUCCUGCCAAUAGAAAUUAAUGUACCAGACACGAUCUCCUGGAUCACUCAUCUGCUGACUGGAGGAAUAUUCAGACCAGGACCAGCACAGGCUCCUGUAGGCAUGAAGACUCUCCCCAACAAACCCCAAGUUCCAUUGAUAGUGAUGCCCUACCCUGGUCUCUUGCCGAAUAUGAAUCAAUAAGUGACUGCAGUACUCUGGGAGCGUGGAAGACUGACUGUAAUUUAUUAAUAGCAGUGAUUAACGUUUCUGCUGCUAUAGUAAUAGCGAAUGGUGUUAAAUCAGGGUUGUGUCCAUAAUAUAAUUUAAAAACUUUAAA